AUGCAGCCGCUCCUGCUUCUGGUGGCCUUUCUCCUACCCCUCGGGGCUGGAGCAGGGCAGAUCAUCGGAGGCCAAGAGGCCAGGCCCCAUUCCCACCCCUACAUGGCAUAUCUUCAGACCCAGACUCUAGUGGGUCCAGGCAUGUGCGGGGGGUUCCUGGUGCGAGAAGACUUUGUGCUGACAGCAGCCCGCUGCUGAGGAAGCCCUGUGAAUGCUAUCCUGGGGGCCCACAACAUCGGGAGAUGGGAAAGCACCCAGCAGCUCAUAUCUGUGCGCAGAGCCUUCCCCCACCCUGAAUAAAAUCAGCAGAACCACCUGAAUGACAUCAUGUUACUGCAGCUGGAGAAUAGAGCCACACUGAACAGGGUCGUGAGGCCAGUGGCUCUGCCUCGGACCCAGACCAGGCUGAGGCCUGGGGACACGUGCACCGUGGCGGGCUGGGGCCUGGUGGGCCUGGAUGGGAGGACAGACACACUCCAGGACGUGCGGCUGAGAGUGCAGAGGGAUCAGGAGUGCAGCAAUCGCUUCAAUUUCUACACUCGCCGAACUCAGAUUUGUGUGGGGAACCCGAGGGAGAGGAAGUCCCCCUUCCUGGGGGACACCGGAGGCCCCCUGGUGUGUCACAAUGAGGCCCAGGGCAUCGUUUCCUAUGGAAAUGGGAUCGGGACCCCUCCAGAAGUCUUCACCAGGGUUUCCAGCUUCCUGCCCUGGAUAAGAAGAACAAUGAGACGCUUCAAACAACAGGGUCAGACUGAGACCCCCCUGUGA